ACACAGCUUGCUUGAUGUCGAUGAGCUUCUCCCUUGACCAACCCACGGAGGCGGACGCCACAGAGGCGGGGUUGCCCUACGUGCUGAUUGAGGCUGCCGCGCCGCACGCGAUAGUCUUCUCCAGCCCGUCUUGGGCAGCCAUGGUCGGGCUCGUAGACAACGACGAUGCGGUCGGCAAGUCGCUGGACCUCUUCUCCGGACCCGGCACGGACACUGAGGAGCUCCGCCGGCUGCUGGUCGCGGCGCGAUCAUCGCGGCCUUACGAGGCUGAUAUCAUCUCGUACGACAUGCAGAAGCAGCCCUUCCGCCACACUCUGUCGCUGCGGCCGGUCAUGGCGCCAUCCAGCGUCCUCUCACUCCUCCGAGCCGAGAGCCGGAACGUGGCGCCGCUCAGCAAGGGCGCAAACGGGCGGCGGGCGCGCGGGCGAGAGGCCGUCUCGGCGACGAGCCUGAGCCUGCAGGCCGAGGUGCUCUCGUUCAACCCUCCUCCGACUCCGAGCGGCGCGAUGACUGUCAUAACUCAAGGUCACGCGCCGUACUCGGUGCUCUGGGCCUCGCCCGCCUGGCUCUCGCUGUGCGGCUUCACCGCGGUCGAGCUGAUGGGCGACUCUCUGCGCUGCAUCCAGGGGCCGGGCACCGACGCCGUCAAGAUCCAGGCGCUGAUGGCCGCCGUCGCGAGGCGCGAGGCGGUCUCGGUCGAGAAGCUGGUCAACUACGACAAGCACAAGGUGCCCUUCGUGCAGAACCUGAGCGUGGAGCCGAUCAGCACGCCGCGCGGCACCUUCUUCCGCGCCUCCUCCUCCGCCGUGUGCCGGCUCGGCCCGCCACUCGCCCAGCCGAGCGACGUCUGGUGGGGCGACGCCUUUGAGCAGCACCUCGCCGCCUGGGAGGAGCUCGACCGGCAGUGGGCGAGCAGGAGGGGCGAGAGGGCGCGCGCGGAGGGGCGCGUGGGCGUGGCGACGUAGCGCGCGCCUCAUAUCGCGGCGCGGCAGCGGCGUAGGAGCGCGGAGCGGUCCGUGCCUCAGGCGGAGCCGAGCAGUAGUUGUGUGUACGGUUCCGAGCUGGCGGUGGCGUUCCGAGGCGGAGGGUGGGGACGAGAGUCAGAGUUGUGGAGUGAUGGUGUGUCGUUCUCAUGAUUCAAAAAGCGACAGAGUUUGAAAAAA